AUGCCGUUCGCCUUAGUGGAAACUACAGACGUUUUGGGGAGUAAAGAGCUUGUGGCAGCUCCGGAAACAUGGAUUCAACGUCGCGAGGGUGGAAAGGCUUACCUCUGCUGGCCCAAUGUAAGGAACAUUACCACGCUAAACACGCUGUUAUCGGACGAAAACAGCAUGCCUUCGAUGAUGUGGGAGAAGCACGAGUGCCAAGUGAAGCUUACAAAUAUCUUGACGCUUUCAUCGGCGGGUAAAAUGAUUGAAUCUUUUCAAAGCAGCCCUAGCCCAAGUACGACCGUACAGAGACGAAGCAAACAAAUGAAGCCCGAAAUUUCUGUGGAAUCAAUACAGAGAAAAGAACCAACCAGCGAUCAAUGGAACAUAGUUACUGUAGAGCAAAGCUUAAAAGACAACAUAGUGGAGGAAGUAUCGUCUUGUAUAGCCAACGAACAAUCGACAGAUUCAUUUGAGGAAUUAAAAACCGUCCCCCAAAUUAUGGAUAUGUUCAACGACCUCAAGGCUCUCAUCGAAAGGAAUCAAGAUGAAACAAGGAAAAAAUUGAACGAUGGUUUUUUCCGCUUACAGAAAACUCUCCUUCCUUUAGUUGAGGGUAGAUCAGGUAGCGAAAUAACAGGAACUGAUUGUUUGCCGCAGGACAACUCUAUUGAGUUUCACGUUAACCCCUUAACUUCUAUAGAAGAGAUGAAUGAUUUCGAAGAGCGGUUAGGUGAUGAGGAUUAUAGGAGGCAAGUUUACAAUUGGAUUGAUUGUACCGUGGGUUACGAGCACAAUCCCGAAAUCCGCAUGAUGGAAAUACUAGACUUGUUAUUCGAUAAAAAGUUCUUGCCAGCCUUCAGUUGGACAGGGGUCAGCAAGGGAACUAAGAAGCGUGCGAUGGUUGAGUACAAAAAUAUUGUUCGUCUCUUCGAACACGCGGGCACCACGAACACGCACCGUGCAAGCCAUCGAUAUGUGGCGAGUUUUUUUAUGAAAAAAUUACGAUACGCAUCCGCGAGGGUUUCGAUUCGUGGCUUCCGAAGGUGUGUGCCGCAUUCGAUGCGUUCAUUUAGAAAACGAGCAGCGACAACAGAACGUACACGCGAAACCGACGGCAAUUGGAAAAGUGUUAUUAAAUUGGAAAAUAUUCAACCAACAUUGUUCAUCACCGCUGAAGAAGAGAGCGAAUGA